AUGCGCAGAGCCCACCAUAGGCCGAUCAGCAGAAGGCUUGCCGUCGACCUGUUUAGCUGUAUGUUACAGUAUAGUAUUACCGCGGGCGGCGGGGACAAAGCAUUGAUUACCACCACGCCCUUCCUUUACCACCCGCUGGUAGAGUUGUGGUUAUUUGCCCUCGAAAUAAAAGACGACGAUGUGCUCAUCAUUCCCCACCAUCCGUACUAUCAAUCUCCCUAUGGCCCUCACCUCGCUUCUCUCGAAAUGAUCGUCCCAAUGAUGCUUACAGAGUGCAUGAACGACAAAGCUUUCAUGACAAUCAUACUCGAAGUGUCAGGCGACAUUGGCACAGUCGUUUCUACAGCUCUGGAAUAUGUCAUGUACAUAGGAUCAAUGGCCCAGGACCCCAAUAAAGUCACAAACCUUCAAACGUCUCUUGGGGUGCUUGUACACACAUUUUCGAACUGUGUUGUUAUUAUCAUCGAACUAAGCAAGCAUAGCGCCGCAAGAGCAUGGAUCCCCAUUUGGAAAAUCACACUUGUCUGGAGCUUCGAGUACCUCACUGUUCUCCUUCUCCUUGCGGAUGACCCUAUCCCAGUGUUAUAUCAAGCUCUCCGCUCAUAUGCCUUCGAAAUAGCCAUGGGUAUCCAAGGACACGCUGUGGAGGUGGAUUUAAAUGAGAACAAGAAAAUCGAGAAGAGGAUACGAUUAUAUGCUAGUCUCAAGUCCAAGGAGGAAAUGAUGAGGCGGCCAUCACCUGAUGAAAAGGGCUGGAUUCUACGAGCCAACUUACCUGAAGAACAGUGUUAUUGUGGUGAUACCACAGAAGAUACUCAGCUUAAGCAAUGCUCGGAAUGUCAGAUAGUGCGGUACUGCUCAAAGCGAUGCCAGCGUGAUGCCUGGUAUAGCCAUCACAGGCGGAGCUGUCAAUUUUUGAAGGCAGCUGUUGGUUCAUCGACACCGCACUACGUGAAACGUAGUCUCUGUCUGCUAUCUGGCCUAGAAGACCACCUGAUCUCGUGCAUGUGGGGGGAUAUUCAGAGCCAGGUAGCCGCUGCUCGAUGCGAGUAUCCGCAAGAUCGGGACCGACUCGUUGUCAAGCAAAUCUUAUUCAGUCCACGUACUGCAUUAGACAUGGAGACAGUAACGACACUCAGUCGUAACCGUCAAUAUCUGAACUCACGAAGGAGGAAAGACAUUGAAACGCCCAUGACUAUCCUAAACAAUUUUGAAUUUACCAGCAAGUAG